CAGGGUUAUUUCAAUUUAACGCUGCUAAAUUCGACCUAAACUUGUGUGUAGACCAGGCCCAAGGCUGUUGACCCAAGCUGAGAGGCUUGCUCCAAAAUGCUGUGUAGACAUACCCAUAGUGACCUUUAGUCCCAGUGAGCUCUUGAGCAAUGUGUUGGCCCACUGUUCUCCAGUCACCUCUAGAGAGACUUUAACACCACAGUGUGUGUAUGCAUUACAGCAGCGAACAGAGGAGAAGAAAACACGGAGAGUUUGCUGGGAACUUGCAAGUACCAGGAGGAUGAAGCGGGUGACUGCUAGUAGCCAGCAUGGAUUUACCAAGAACAAUCAUGCCAAACCAGCUUGCUUUCCUUCUUUCACAGGGAAGCUUUUGCAAUCCUUUCAGUUCUGCAAUUCUGAUCAAUAGAACUGUGUGUGUGGGGAGGCUGCAGCCACAGGCUGGGAUGGAUAGGACCUGGAAGCAGACCCAGCAAGCAGAAUACGCCAGUGCUCUUCAAAGUUUGGCUUUGGAAAGAUCACGCUGCAUCCAUUCGACUCUGGGUGGGGAGGACCAGGCUCAGAGGUUAACCAGCACUGAACAGCAUCACCUCAAUCCAGAGCCCUCUGCACAUGCCAGGGCAGGAGCACUGUCCUGGCUGUCAAGGCUGAUGGACUCCUCUGGAAGCAAUAGGUUGUUGCUUGGUCAACAGUAAAUGAGAAAAGAGAGGAAGUAACCUAUGAGAGAAGGGACAGUGAUGCACAAUCGACCUGUGGAACUCCUUGCCAGAGGAUGUUGUGAAGGCCAAGACCAUAACAGGAAUAAGAAGAAAAGAAGAGGACAGAAAAUUUUCUGCUUUGGAAGAAUCGGGUCAGUGACACAAUGUCCUCGAAGGGGGGAAUUAGCACUCUUUCACCCCUGAGUGUCACCACCCUGUCCGCUAAUACCUCAUGUGGGGUGGACUCUGAGUUCAGAUACCCCCUUUUCACCAUCUUGUACAGCUUCAUCUUCAUUCUGGGCUUCAUUGCCAAUUGCUAUGUGCUGUGGAUUUUCUGCCGGGUUUAUGCUUGGAGGAAGCUAAAUGAAAUCAAGAUCUUCAUGGUGAACCUGAUAGUGGCUGACCUGCUGUUCCUAAUCACACUGCCCCUGUGGAUCGUUUACUAUCACCACCAAGGAAACUGGAUUAUGCCUACAUUCCUGUGUAACGUGGCUGGCUACUUGUUCUUUGUUAACACCUACUGCUCCAUCGCCUUUUUGACAGUCAUCACAUACAACCGAUUCCAGGCAGUAACCAAGCCCAUCACAGCUGCUCAGUUCCCCACCCGGAGAAGGGGUAUCUUCCUCUCUGCAGCUAUCUGGAUGGUGAUAGUGAGCAGUGCUUUGUACUACCUCAUUGGCGAUGGAACUAAUGAGGAGGCGACUCACCAUGGCACCAUGAAGCGGUGUUUCGAGCGCUAUAACACCACCGACAACACUGUGCCCAUCCUCGCCAUCCACAUUGUCAUAUUCAUUAUUUUUGUCUUCAUUUUCCUGUUUAUACUGGUGUGUAACUUGUUCAUUCUCAGGACACUGCUGACCAAGUCAGUGCAGCUGCAGAAGAGCACCCGUGUCAAGCAGAGGGCAUUCAGGAUGGUAUGCACUGUCCUCACUGUAUUCAUCGUAUGCUUUGUACCUCACCAUCUCAUUGACCUCCCCUGGACCCUGACGGUCCUAGAGCUGUGGCAGAAAGAAAACUGUCCAUUGCGCCAGCAGAUCAAUGACGCCCAUCAGGUGACUCUAUGCCUCCUGAGCACCAACUGCAUGCUGGACCCUGUCAUCUACUGCUUCCUCACCAAGAAGUUCAGGAAGCACCUUUCAGAGAAUCUUAAAAGCAUGAAAGGGAGUCGCAAGUGUUCCAGGCAAACCACUGAAACAGCGAUUGAGGGCACAGUGCCCAUCAAUGACCUCCCCACCAACCCCAUGAGAAAUGAAUAUAGCCCUGUCUCCUACUGAGCAAGGCUCGGCUACUUGUGUCAUCAGCUUCCUCUCACUAAGCCAGGCCGGAGAGGGACACAUCAGUGGGCCAGAUCUCAGCAUUUCCAUCAAGAAGAGGAAAUAUGAGCAUUCAAUCCCCGUAUCCACAAAUGCAACCAGAGGAAUAGGGACCCAGCAGGGACUGCAAAGAGGCACCUUCUGACACAUACUGAUGCUUCAUGGGACACUAAUCACAGCUCAGCUUGUUUUCUUUUCUGUGAAGAAAAAUGCCAUUGACUUUGUGUCUUUCCCCCUCCUCCUAUCUCCUUGUGUGAUCUGUCAGCACUUUAACAUUGGAAAGCAAGGGAAUUGCCAUGAAGAGAGCUCACCCUUAUGAAUGACAGAGUCUAUGCAAUCUGAUCCAAGUAACCAGGCUGGGGAGAAGGGGGGUCUGUGAAAGUCGAUGGGUAUUGGUGGUGUGCUGGAAACCUCAGCCUUAGCUCCCCCAAUCCCUGGGAUCCGUAUGUGCAGAUUUUAAGGCCACCAGGGACCAUUAUCUAAUAUGACCUCCUGCAUGUCACCGGCUA